AUGAAUAGAUUUGUGAAUCAAGCUGUUUAUAUCGUAGUGGCUGCCGCACCUCAAGUAAGCCAGACAAAAGAUGUUCCAAACCUAUCCUUACAGCUUCCCACCAUCGUUGAGACAAGUCGCUCGUCUCUCCUCGCCGGUCGACUGCGUAAUCUGUACUCUGAACUCCAAUUCGACUCGGUUGGUCCAGUAGCAGGCCCCUGCAAAUCCAGCAAAGCCAAUUGUCUCACUUUCCCUCUAGUUUCCGCUAGGAGAAAGACCAAUGGCCAACCAGCAAACACCGUGGGUCGGUGGAGAAACAAUUUUGAGGCCGACUUAGCCCUAAUAAAAUUUGUCUGA